AUGUCGAUGACCGCUGUCGAACGCGCAAAUCCGCCGCCUCGGCGCAAGUCCUGCGCUGCGUGCACCAAAGCUAAGAGACGCUGCGACUUGGCCCAACCUUCUUGUCUCCGCUGCGCAGGUCGCGGAAUUGAGUGCCACUACCCCCACGGCAUCCGGCCCAAUAACAGCAAUAGGUUGACGUCCCUCAGUAGUACUCCCAGCACUCCCAGCACCCCCUCUUCCAUCCAUGCGGCCUCUGUUAUCCUGGAGGCGCCGGUGCCGACGACCCCAGUCCUGAACAAGACCACGGAGACUUUCGCCUUCGACGCACUGCUGGACGAGUUUCUCACUCGGGAACCGGUUUCUAUGAAUGGUGUUGACUGCAUGUCGUAUGGGUGCGACCUGGUCCAGGAACCGUCUCCUCAAUCUGGAUCGAUUGAUCUGCCCGGGUUGGAUAAUAAUAAUGACCUCCUGAUGGCGGGUGAUACGGGUCAACUGGUCCCCCUCGACAUCGGUUUGCCGGCUCGUUGGGCGGACCCAGGGUGCUUCGAGCCUCUGCCUCAUGUCAUUGCCGACAGGCUUGAGUAUUCGCUCGAGUUGCUUCGCAGGACGCCCAAGAUGCUCGUCGAGGAGCUCCGGGCGCCUUGGUGCCACUCGUCUCUGUACGAAGAUAAUAUGCCGAAGUCUGUUCAAGGUAUCUAUCUACACCCGCUCAUCUACUUCCGCACGCCCUCGUUCCUUUGCUUCAUGGUGUAUUACUCUCGUUACUGUGCCGAGCGUUCCUUGUUCCCCUAUGCUAUUGCAUGCUGUGCCAUGUACAAUGCCAGGAACAGCCUCAAUAAGCCCUUCAUUAUGAGGAUUAUCAUGUCCCGCACCAAAGAGUUAGCCGAGUCCCCCAUCCCGUCUUCCCCGCUGGAAGCCCUCGCUCGCUGCCAAGCCCUCCUGGUCUAUCACCUGAUGGGCCUCCUGGACGGCGAUAUCCAGUUCCGCGCCUCUACCGAGAGCACCAUACCCCUCCUCAGGGAGGCGUCGACGGCCCUACUGCCAGUCAUCUCGGCCCACGAGAGCCGGUCCAGUAGUCUCACCAAUCUCACCAAAAGCACGCAGGAAUUACCCCUCUUCCCCAUCACCGAGACCGAGGCGUUUUGGCGCUCGUGGAUCUUUACGGAGUCCGCGCGUCGCACCUGCCUCUUCACCCUGCACUUCCUAGUUGCCUACCAAAUCCUGAGCUGUAAGGGCCCGCCCUCGUGCGAGGACACGCUGCUCUGCGAGGAGUGGACGCUGUCGACCUAUUUAUGGACGGCGCGCAACGCGGUGGACUUUGCCGUGGCGUGGAGGGAUAGACGGCACCUCGUUGUCAAGUGUUCUAGUUUCGAGGAUAUGUUUCGGGAAGCGGAGCCGGACGACCUUGAUGAAUUUGGAAGGAUGCUAAUGGUCUCGUUUAUGGGCGCCGAGCAGACGCGGGGGUGGUUUGCUUCCAAGGGAGGCAAGCUGUGA